GCCCUCUCUUUGUUGAGGAGUGCUCCGGGCUCGGGCCAAAUGCCGAGCUCAGAGCCCUCUCCUCGGACAGCACGCCAAAUACGCAUAUCAUUAAUUCUAUCUGACUUAUUUGUAAGUGUGAACUCUUUAAAGAUCAAAAGUAUUAAUGAUGCAGAUUUAUUUUCACAGCCUUCUUUGGUCAUAUUUACAAAAGGUAUAAAUAAUUUUGAGCUCAACUGUGUAUAUAUUCAUAUAUAUAUAAUCCAGAUCCAAAACAGUUAAUCUUUUUGUUACAUUUGGUUGUCUUUCAUCCCUCAGGUCUGUCCUUUCCAAAACCACCAAGGAUUCAAGAAAUGUCUAGCCAGGCAUUAGGAUCAGAAGAAAUAAAUUAUAAGUCCAGGUCCAGGAGUCCACUCCAUGACUCUCACUUUCUGCUUCAAAGUUCUCGCUCUCCACGCCAUCGGUCCCACACUCCCAGCAACAGGACUGUAUGCCAGCGGUCCCACACUCCCAGCCACAGCACUCCCCGCCAACAGUCCCACACUCCGCACCACAGUACUUCACGCAAGAGGUCCCACACUCCAUGCCAGGUGCCCCACAGUCCCCGCCACACCACUUCACGCCACCGGUCCCAGUCUCCGACCCACAUCACCCCACGUCAGAGGUCCCAAUCUCCGACCCACAGCACCUCACGCCAGCGGUCCCGCACACCACACCUCACCACUUCACGCCACAGGUCCAAAUCUCUGACCCACAGCACCCCACGCCAGCGGUCCCACACUCCACGCCACAGUUUUUCACAGUGCUCCAACUCUUCUUAUGAGUGCUUCCAAAGAACAAGUAAGGGGAACCAGCACAGAGAGGGUGGAGAGCUAUUUCCAUUAGAUAAUGGAAAAUUCCAAAAGCAGGUCAUCUAUCUUCUGUCUGAUAUUCGGGCAAAGCUGUCAGAGGUGGGCCAAAACCAUGAGCCCCCAGAGUCUCAGUUCCACCGUGAGAAGAUGAACAGCAGGCGUGAGCUAAAAAAUUUGGAAGGGCAACUGGCCGAUGAAGAAAAGAGGAAUUUGAUGGUGUCUCGGUUAGUCAGGAUUGGGGGUACAGACCUUGAGGACUGUGUGAAAAAUGUGAUAAAAAGAGUUCUUACAAACAGACUAAUGGCUACAAUGAUUAUGGAUGGCUCAGGGGUGAAGAAGGCCUUUGGAAAAACACGGCUAUGUCGUGUUAUAAUAGGUGCUGUAUAGCGGUCCAAACCUUCAGGGUCAGAGGCUGAAAUCAAAAAAUACAUGGGGA